AUGUUUAACCGUACCACCCAAUUGAAAUCUAAGCAUCCUUGCCCUGUGUGUACGAGGCGAAAAGUCAAAUGUGAUCGGAUGAUACCGUGCGGAAACUGCAGGAAGAGGGGACAGGACUCUGAAUGUAUGAAAUCAACGAAACUGAUAACGACCUCAUCUUCAAAGGAAUAUCUCCCUGACCUAUUGUUAUUCUGGCAGAACUACGAAUAUUGGAUAGCAAAUAUUGGGCUGUACAAAACAAAGCGAAGGGACCUUAGUAGGAUACCGUCUAAUUUGGAAACAGACAUUGAAGAAUGUAUCUUUUGGAUGAAUUAUCUCCAAAAAGAUCAAUCGUUCCAACUGAUGAACUUUGCUAUGGAAAACUUAGGUGCUUUAUAUUUUGGGUCCAUUGGAGACAUCAGCGAAUUAUAUCUGAGGGUAGAACAGUACUGGGAUAGAAGAGUAGACAAGAAGCACAGUGUGGAUGGCAAAUACUGGGACGCACUAAUAUGGUCUGUCUUCACCAUGUGCAUUUAUUAUAUGCCAGUUGAGAAGCUAGCAGGAAUAUUUUCCGUAUAUCCUCUUCAUGAAUAUUUGGGUAGCGAUAAAAGGCUAAAUUGGGGAGACGGCAUGCAAUUAACCAUGUGUCAAAACUUUGCACGCUGCUCAUUAUUGCAAUUAAAACAAUGUGAUUUCAUGGUACACCCCGAUAUAAGGUUCAUCCAAGCAUAUCUGAUUUUAGCCACUACAACUUUUCCGUACGAUGAACCCUUGUUGGCAAAUUCGUUACUAACACAGUGCAUCCACACUUUCAAGAAUUUUCAUGUGGACGACUUCAGACCCUUACUUAAUGAUGAUCCCGUUGAAAGCAUAGCGAAAGUAACCUUAGGAAGAAUAUUUUAUCGGCUGUGUGGAUGCGACUAUCUUCAAUCGGGCCCACGUAAACCAAUUGCACUUCAUACAGAGGUAUCCUCUCUAUUGCAACAUUCAGCAUAUUUACAAGAUUUGCCUAAUGUCGAUGUUUAUAGAGAAGAAAACAGCACAGAAGUGCUAUAUUGGAAAAUUAUGUCGUUAGAUAGGGAUUUAGAUCAGUAUUUGAACAAGACUUCUAAACCACCCUUAAAAACAUUGGACGCCAUAAGGAGGGAACUCGAUAUUUUUCAAUACAAAGUAGAUUCAUUGGAAGAAGAUUCUAGAUCAAAUAAUAGCAGGUUUCAAAAAUUUAUUGCGCUUUUUCAAAUAUCUACUGUUUCAUGGAAAUUAUUUAAAAUGUAUCUAAUAUAUUACGAUACCGCAGAUUCGUUACUAAAGGUUUUACACUAUUCUAAGAUAAUCAUCAGUCUUAUUGUUAAUAACUUCCAAGCAAAGAGUGAGUUUUUCAACAGACAUCCAAUGGUGAUGCAAACCAUUACACGUGUGGUAUCAUUCAUCUCCUUUUACCAGAUAUUCGUGGAAUCGACUGCUGUUGAAGAGCUUUUAGUAGAUCUAACCGAACUUACCGCAAAUCUGCCCGCGAUAUUCGGUUCAAAACUAGAUAAACUAGCUUAUUUGAUGGAAAGAUUCAAUAAAUUAAAACAGUUAUGGGACAAGGUACAACUUCUGGAUUCAGGUGAUUCGUUCUACCACCCUGUUUUCAAAAUUUUACAAAAUGACAUUAAAAUAGUUGAAUUAAAAAAUAAUGAAAUGUCCUCCCUCAUAAAAGGACUUGGGUCCUUGGUUCCGCUGAAUAGGCUUAGAGAAGAAUCGUUGCUUGAGGAAGAGGAUGAAAACAAUAUGGAACCAAGGGACUUCAGAAAUAUUGUAGAAGAGUUUCAAUCCGACUAUAGCAUUUCCGACGUACUUUCCUAA